AUGCUCGUCUGCAUGACAGGACGUGACAACGACGACUUGUGGGGGACCAGUACCGGAGCUUCCUACUUUGCAGUCGCCGUCGUGAAAAAGGCCAAUUCUUUCAUCAACAUCAAUAACCUGGCGGGGAAAAAGAGCUGCCACACUGGGAAAGGACGCACAGCCGGCUGGAAUAUGCCCAUCGGUUACUUCAUCGACCAGGGCUACAUGUCUGCCAUGGGCUGUAACAUCUCGCAAGGUGUGGCACAGUUUUUCAGUGCCAGCUGUGUUCCUGGAGCAAAUGAGGCCGGUGACCCCGCCUCUCUGUGUCAGCUGUGUAUUGGCGAUGUACAAGGACAACACAAAUGCGAGAAGAGCAUCAAUGAGCAAUAUUACAGCUAUGAAGGAGCUUUCAGGUGUAUGGCUGAAGGUGCAGGAGACGUUGCCUUCAUCAAACACACAACAGUUGAAGAGAAUACAGAUGGUAAAGGCUCCCCCAGCUGGGCAUCAAAACUCAUUUCAUCAGACUAUGAGCUGUUGUGUCGUGACGGCAGAAGACUUCCUGUCAAUCAGUGGCAGACGUGCAAUCUGGUCCGUGUCCCAUUCCGAGGCAUUGUGGUUGGCGAUCACAUCACUCCCUCUGUGGUGUUUAACAUGCUGACUGAAGGACUGGAGAAGUCUGGAUUCAACAUGUUUUCCUCCAAGCCUUAUGGAGACGGAACGUUACUCUUCUCUGAGUCCUCCGUCAUGUUUCAGAGCGCUGAGUAUGACGACCCUAAGAAGUGGAUGGGUCGAUUCUAUUACAGUGCCAUGAGCGCUAUGGACUGUAAAAUUCCAGGUACAUAUCUAACCACGCUUUCUUUCCAAAAUACCGUAUAUACAGUAGUGGACUAA